GUCGCGGUGUCCUCGUAGCGCGUGCCUCUCGUCUCACGAACAGCGAAGCUUUGGUCACUCAUCCACUCCUGUAACAGUCAACGCUCCGGAAUGUCGCUCGUAGAUGCGUCGGAGGCUCGGAAAGCACGUCUCAUAGCGCUGAGGAAGAGAAAAGCCGGGGAGGCGGUCGAUGAAGAAGAUGUCUCCACGGAACCCGUCAUCAAACACCGCACGUUUGACCCAGAGACUCGCACACUCAAGAAACAUACACACGAAGAUGAUAUUGUCAUGGAAGAUACCGUGGAGAAGCAGGUCGAAGGUCUUGCCGAGACCAUAAUCAAGGAGGACGCAGAGCGUAGAGCCCAGGACCUCGAUCUGUUUAACAUUGCGCCAAAACGCCCAAAUUGGGACUUGAAACGUGAGAUGGAGAAGAAGCUGGCAAAACUGGAACGGAAGACACAAGAGGCCGUUCAUACGUUGAUCAGGCAACGGUUGGCUGCGCAGAGUGGACAGUCAGAAGAUAUUGUCGGUGCGAUGAGGGCUGAGGAAGCAGAUCGCAGGGAAAAUGACGCAUCAGAUGAUGAAGAUUGACGUUGCUUCCUCUGAGUGCUUUUUUUUGGUGAACGGAUCUGACGGCUAUUCUGCUAGGAAACAUCGCUUCCUUGAUGAUAAAAACUUGUUCGCUGAUACCGUGAACUCAGGCUGGAACUCGCUAUAAACCGAUUUGUACGGACACAAAUACGUGGCGUUUGUAAUUUGUACACUACUGUAAUUACUAACUAGGGCUCUGAAAAAAUGCAGGUAUGGCUGACGCAAUAAUUAUG